AUGAUCAACCUUGCAGACCUCGAAGCUGCCAUCCGAACCGCUCUCCCAGUCUCUCAUCUGGAGAUCGAAGAUCAAUCAAGUGGCUGCGGAGAAAGCUAUGCGAUUGUACUAGUCAGCGAGGCCUUUGACGGGAAAAAUACCCUCUCUAGACAUCGAUUCGUGAACGAUCUCUUGAAAGCCCAGAUCGCACAGAUGCAUGCUUUUUCGCAGAAAACGUUCACACCCAAGCAGUAUGAGGACUAUCUGGCUAAGCAAUGCUAG